GUUUGAUUUUGCGCUGGCGCUUCAAAAGCCAGCGCCAAAUUAAGAACUUUCAUCUUCACUCCUCUUCCGGAAACCAACCCCCCAACCCCACAAUCCAAACCAACAAUGCCCGGCACUGUCAAGGCUGCUGCUAACUUCAACGCUGAGGCUGACGCCCAGGCCCUCUACAAGGCCUUCAAGGGCAUCGGCACCGACGAGAAGGCUGUCAUUGCCAUCGUCGCCAACCGCUCGAACGCCCAGCGUCAACAGCUCAAGAUCGCCUACAAGCAGGCAUACGGCGAGGACCUCGUCGGCCGCAUCAAGUCGGAGCUGUCUGGCAACUUUGAGAACAUUACUGUUGCCCUGUUCAACACGCCUGCUGGCUUCCUCGCUUCGGAGCUCCGCAAGGCCAUGAAGGGCGCUGGCACGGACGAGGCUGUCCUCAUUGAGAUUCUCUGCUCUGCCGACAACAACACCAUCAAGGCCAUCACUGCUGCCUACAAGGAGCAGUUCAGCCGCGACCUCGAGAAGGACGUUGUCUCUGAGACCUCUGGCCACUUCCGCCGCCUCCUCGUCUCGCUGCUCACCGCCCACCGCGACGAGAGCACCACCGUCGACGCCGCCAAGGCCAAGGCUGACGCCCAGGACCUCUACUCUGCCGGCGAGGGCAAGUGGGGCACUGACGAGUCCAAGUUCAACAUGCUCCUCGGCUCGCGCUCGUACCCCCACCUCCGCGCCGUCUUCAAGGAGUACGGCGCGAUCAAGGGCCACGCCAUCGAGACUGCCAUCGACAAGGAGUUUAGCGGUGACAUCAAGAAGGGCUUCCUCACGGUCGUUGCCGCCGUCCAGGACCCCGCUGCCUACUGGGCCAACCGCAUGUACCUCGCCAUGAAGGGCGCUGGCACUGACGACGACACCCUCGUCCGCGCCAUCGUCUCGCGCGCCGAGAUUGACAUGGAGGAGAUUAAGGUUUCCUUCAUUGGCACCCACAAGAAGUCCCUCCUCAACUGGGUUCAGUCGGACUGCUCUGGCGACUACAAGCGCAUGAUUGAGGCCAUCCUUGGCGGCCACUAAAUGGUUUUUGAACGGCUGUUUGAUCUCUUUGUUGACCGCAUCGAGAGAGCCGUUUCCAGUGUGUAAAAAACAAAAACGAAACAAAAAAUUCUUAAUAAACAUUGAAACCAA